AUGUCAGACGAAGGCUACGCUCGGCUCCCUGGCAUCGAGCAGGUGAGCCGGGUGGCACAUAGUGCUAUAAAUCGUCUCCAAGAAGAAGCGGUACAGCUCUCUCACACCCCGGCCGGACGAGUCAUCGCCACCAUUCUCGAGGAUGACGACGCCGAGGAGCGCGUGGAACACUUCCGCUACCAACAGGAUCUCGAGCGGAAACUCACGGUGACCCUGGUCAUCGGGUUGGGGUUCACGGUGAUGGGGGUCCCCUUUGGCAUCUCCCUGACCCUCGGCAUCCUGCUUAUAUGUGGCGGCAACGUCACGUUACUUUACGGGUGGGCAGUAGUGUCGUUCUUCUCGACCAUGGUGGUGCUCAGUCUUUCAGAGAUCAUUCUGAAGUACCCUUCAGCCGGGGGUGUCUACCACAUGAGUGCGAUCUUGCUGAGCGACCGCCAUUCGCGCGCCAGUCUGUGGUUUACCGGUUGGCUUUUGCUCAUUGGCAACUGGACCUACGCCGUGCUGAUCAUGUUUGCCGGCUCCCAGUUCAUUCUCUCGGUGUUGGGGAUGCACAACUUCGACCUUGCCGGUAACGUGUUCCUUACGUUGUUGGUUUAUUUCAUCAUCUUGGCCCUCAGCGGCUUCAUCAUUUACAAGUUCUCACGCCACCUCGAACGGAUCAACAAGGCGUGCAUUUAUUGGACCAUCUACACGGUGCUCGCCAUUGACUUCAUGCUCAUGUUCUACCUGCGAUCGCACAACUCGCCGAAGGAGAUCUUGACGGCAUUCGACAACUCGCGCAGCGGCUGGCCCGACGCCAUGGCGUUCAUUGUUGGUCUCCAGGCAGGUUCAUUCACCAUGAGUGGCUACGGUAUGAUUUUCAGUCUUUCCGACGAAGUGAAGAACCCGGAAAAGAAUAUGCCCAAAGGCGCUGUUAGUGCCAUCUUGAUGGCUACGGUGGUGGGUUUCAUUUUCAUCAUCCCCAUCUUAACGGUUCUCCCGUCCAUGGAUCAAUUACUCGAUAAGAACCCCAACAUCAUGCCCAUCGAUCUUGUGUUCCACAUUGCCACCGAGUCAUACAUCAUCCUGACCCUUUUAGCCAUUUUGUUAGUGGGGACCGUCAUCUUCCAACUGAUUGGGGCCUUGACUACCGCCUCGCGUACGGUAUACGCUCUCGCUCGUGAUGGCGCGUUGCCCUACAAAGAGAAGUUUGUCACCGUUGAUAGCGUCGAGGAGUAUAAGAUGCCUAAAAACGCUCUUUUCCUCCUGAUGGUGGUUACGGCCAUCGUGCUGUUGUUAUCAUUGGUGCUGACGCUGGCGUUUAGUGCAUUUUUGGGGGCACUGGUGAUGUCCUUGGCAUUGGCUAACGGUAUUCCAAUUUUCAUCAGUAUGUUACACGGACGCAAAAAGGUGAAAGGGCUGGGGUUCCGGUUACGCUACUUUGGCUGGAUUGUCAACUUUUUGGCGGUAUUGUGGGUGUUUGCCCUGGUGGGAAUUUUGUGUCUCCCCGUGGUGAUAAGGGGGCUUAACGCGGUUAAUAUGAAUUGGGCGUCGUUGGUGGUAGCAGCAUUUGUUGCUGUCGCUCUGGUCGGAUGGUUGGCUUAUGGGAAAAAAGGGUUUGUCGGCCCCGAGUUGGACACUGACUAUAUUAACGAGCUCGAGCAGUACGAGCUUGCCGAUGAACUGAACUCGGUCGAGGUCGACUUGGCGAGCAAUUUUGACGAUGAUGCUACCAUGUUUAACAACGAUGAGCUUGAUUUAGGUGGUACUGAGGGCGAAGUGGACGAUCCAUUGGCGAAACGACAAGUAAUCUUCACGGCCUAG